AUUGCAUUGUCUGUGGACCUAUUUGGGCGGUAAGCAAAUUGGAGUGAGACUUCAUGAUGACGGAAGUGAGUGCUAAUUAUAUAUUUCGUUUCCUUAGGGAGGAGGGUUUAAUUGGUUAGGGUUCAACUUUAAACCUUCCCUAUCUCUGAUCCACACUCCAGACGGUGGCGGAAAUGCAUCAUUAAAGUUGGUUGUCAACCGCCAUUUGAAAACCACUGAAGAAGAAUCGUAAACGGAAGGGAACAGUAACAAUUUUCAAGUUAGCGUUUCUUGUUGUUAUUUAGACGUUUAUUAACAUCCUGGAACUCAAUAUGCCCCAUUGAACUCCACAGCAUCGCCUACUUACCCCAUAUAGUGUUUAAUUCGCGUUUGAAACAGGACUUGGUUGAUAGAUGUUAUCUAGGUAACGCGGACGUUGACUAGCUAGCUGCUAACAAUGGCUAACUGUAUGGCUUUUCACACGCAAAUAGCCUCCAUCAUGGAGGUGUUAGCGAAUGCAGCCGUGGCAGAAGUCUGUAAACUCGUAGACGACGACUAUGCAGUGUUUCGUUUGGAAAUAACUCAAAGCCAGAAAGAAAACAGGUCAUUGCGGAGGAAACUACAGCUACUGGAACUGAAGGUGGCACGGGACCGCGUCCUCACCAGUCGCCCCAGUAGUGUCAAGAUCCUCGACCGGUGCAGAGGAAUGACAAGCGGUGAAGGAUAUCUUACUGGAGGCCAUGGGAGCUUUGUGAAGCCAGCGGGACAGAAUGCUUGGAGAGAUGACCAACCAAUCACUGUUGAUGAGGGGAGUGGAACCUCAACCCAGCACGUUAUUGUGAUAGAGUCUGCAGAUGCAGAGGCUGCAAGUUCUGGGGUCAAGCAGGAGAGGUCUGUAGGAGAGGAGGACCCAAGACACAGCAAAGACAUCCAGACUGGAGCAUCUGGAAAGCACCUUGUAGCCACCAAGGACCUUGCCACCACCACCGUGCCCCAGGCCUGGACCCAACCCAGCAUCACAGAGGAGGAUGAGGAGGUACUGCUGGUGAAGGAGGAGGGCCUGGGGAACCCUGAGGAGACCAUGGUCAUGGAGGACAACCAGACUACACCACCUCCUGAACCCACAGAGGAACCAGCUGAGCAGCACAGGACCACACACAGUCUCACUGAGUCAGUAGACAUGGAGAAUGGGAAGCCUGAUCUGCUGAUAGUCAAAGUGGAGACAAUAGAAGACGAACCAGAGAGCAUUGAUCUGCUGAGUGGACUAAAAAUGGGGGAGCAAGGUGGUUGGCUGGAGCCUAACAAGGGAGACUGGGCAGCCAUCUUGGAAUCCCAGACGGGCGCAGCCAAGGGCCCAGGGGACCACAUCACUGAGCAGGGCGAGAUAGUGGAGUCUGCAGUCCAUGAGGACCUGCUGAUGUCCGGUGUUGCUGACGGGAGAGACUGGACCUCUGUAGCGGCUGGUCACAAACCCUGGCACCAGAUCAGAACCCUGGAUCAGGAGCUGUCACUGUUCCUUCCCGAGUCGCAACUAGGACCAAACCAAGAGGGACAGAGACUCCACCACCACACAGAACACAAGCAGUGGACAGGUGGACUGAACAACCUCAGUCCUGGUGGUCAUCAGAGUGACAGAGGCUCCAGUCAGGGAUCCAGUCUGCAGCCCAGACCCUUCUCUUCACAGUCUCAGUGCAGGGAUGAAGCAGGGCCUGGGGCUGAUAGAGAUAGACCCUCCUGUUCCUAUGAUACAAACACCACAGUAUCCAUGAUGAACAGAGCAGGUCAUCCUGGGCGUCAGCCUUCACAGAGCAUGGUGGGAGACCCCCCUGGUGGUGGUCUUUCAGGAAGUCUGUCUUCAGGGUCUCGUCUAAUGCCUGGUGACUGGGUUCAUAGAAAGCCUGGGUCUAGCCUUCCUCAGCUACCUCAUGGUUACCCCACAAAUACAGACAGGGUCAGGAUGGACGUUCACCACGAGAAGUACCUAGCCUAUAACACAGCACACAAUCCCAACAACAUUCAAACAAUGGCUAGAGGUCAAGGAGGGAGCUCAAAGACUAACCACCUGAGGGCGGUGGCUCCUGCUUCUACCUCCUCUGGUGUCAUUGGGUCACAACGUGGGAGGCCGAGCAUUAGGACGGACGCCGACAAGCCGUACGCCUGCCUCACCUGUGGGAAGCGUUUCGCUGAGGCAAACUAUGUGAAGAAGCACCAGACUGUUCACACCAAGGAGAGGCCCUUUAAGUGUAAGCUGUGUUACAAGAGCUUCUCCUUCCAGAAUAACCUUAUCAGACACAGGAGUGUCCACAAUGGGAAGAAAUCAUAGAACUGUAUGAGUUUUACGCAGGGGAUAUCUGGGAACCAUUGUUUAGCUGACAUACACUACAUGACCAGUAUGUGGACACCCCUUCAAAUUGGUGACAGGUGUUUACAAUCGAGCACACAGACAUGCAAUCUCCAAAGACAAACAUUGGCAGUAGAAUGGCCCAUACUGAAGAGCUCAGUGACCUUCAACAUGGCACCAUCAUAGGAUGCCUCCGUUCCAAGAAGUCAGUUCAUCACGUUUCUGCUAGAGCUGCCCCGGUCAACUGUAAGUGCUGUGAUUGUGAAGUGGAAAUGUCUAGGAGCAACAACAGCUCAGCCACAAAGUAGUAGGCCACACAAGCUCACAGAACGGGACUGGCGAGUGCUGAAGAUCGUAGCUCAUAAAAAUCGUCUGUCCUCUGUUGCAACACUCACUACCGAAUUCCAGACUGCAUCUGGAAGGAAGAACGUCAGCACAAAAACUGUUUGUCGAGAGCUUCAUGAUAUGGGUUUCCAUGGCUGAGCAGCCGCACACCAGCCUAAGAUCACCAUGCGCAAUGCCAAGCGUCGGCUGGAGUGGUGUAAAGCACGCCGCCAUUGGACUCUGGAGCAGUGGAAAUGCGUUCUCUGGAGUGAUGUAUCUGGCAGUCCAAUGGGUGAAUCUGGGUUUUGCGGAUGCAGGGAGAACGCUACCUGCCCGAAUGCAUAGUGCCCACUGUAAAGUUUGGUGGAGGGGGAAUAAUGGUCUGUGGCUGUUUAUGGUUUGGGCUCCUUAGUUCCAGUGAAGGGAAAUCUUAACGCUACAG